CGUUGCGCGACCGGAAGCGGAAGUUUCAGUAAAUGUUCUGUUAGCUUCGCCACGCGAUAACUACAACAAAUUGUCUUACUUAAAUUUCACUAACCGUGGUGGUACGACGAUUUCAGCUGGCAAGAUGUUUAACCGAAUGACAAGUUUAUGGAUGGGUGACUUAGACCCAUACAUGGAUGACACUUUCAUCAAGCAAGCAUUUAGCACUAUGGGAGAGACUGCCUACGGUGUCAAAAUUAUUACACAUAGACUUACUGGAGGGUCUGCGGGAUACUGUUUUGUGGAGAUGUCAGAUGAGGCCAGUGUUGACCGCUGUGUGCAGAGGCUUAAUGGGAAACUAGUUCCAGGAUCAAAUCCGCCCAGGAAGUUCAAGCUGAACUAUGCAACAUACGGGAAAAGGCCGGAGCCUGGCCCCGAAUUCUCAGUUUUUGUUGGAGAUCUCACAUCAGAAGUAGAUGACUACCAGCUUCAUCAAUUCUUUUUGAAAAAAUUCCCUUCAUGCAAAGGAGGCAAAGUUGUCACUGACCCUUUUGGGAACUCCAAGGGUUACGGCUUCGUGAAGUUUAGUGACGAGAAUGAACAGAAGAAAGCUCUUGAGGAGUUCCAGAAUGCAUCAGGCUUGGGAGGAAAACCCAUCAGGAUAAGCAUCGCUGUCAACAAAGGCAACAAAACAAACAGUUACCACAACCAGAAUCAAACUUACAACAGCAGCUAUCAACAGCAAUACUAUCAACAGCCUUACAACAGUUACUAUCCACAAUGGGGCUAUGAUCAGUACAACAGUUACAACUACGGAUAUAACCCUUAUGCCACCCCCCCUCCAGUUCCACAAGGAAUAAUGCCACCUCCACCUAUGCCCCCCAUGCCACCUGACAUGCAAGCGUCUACAGAGCAAUCACAUGAUGCAACUGAGGAGGUUGAGGAGGACCCUGCUGAAGAUCCAAACCCACAUGUGGAUGUGGACAUGUUAAACAAGGAGUUCAUGGAGCGCAGUGAGGAGCUUUAUGAUUCUCUCAUGGAUUGUCACUGGCAGCCACUGGACAGUGUCACAUCUGAAGUUUCUGUGAUGAAUGGCUACUGACGUUCUGGACAGAGCACAGUUCAGGAUUAUUAUACUUUCUGAAGAAACAUGCCUUUUUAUACAGCAAGUUCUGUUCACGAUCAUUCAGACUUUUUCUACCCAGCAGGCAAAAUGUUUCUUUCCAUGCGUGUCCAUCAUAUUUGCUUUUUCCAAAGUGAAGUAGUAAAUUUUUUGUUGUAAAGAAUAUUUUUAUUUUAGUAGGGAUGAAAGGAAUCUGUUUCAUUACUAGUGACAUUUUAACCAGGAGCAUCGCUUCUUGCCUUAUUAAACAUUUUCAUAAGAAAUUUGCAGUCAGUGCUCAUGUAUGAAGCAUGUUUUGUGGAUGUUAAUCUUAUGUGGCCCAAAUAAGAAUAUCUUUGAAAUAUCCCCCAUUUUGAUAAAAGACCAUUGAUGGUUUAGUUCAAGAGGUUUUCAUUUUUUGACACCAGCCUAAAAUUGAAUGACACCCAUCCACCAGGUAAUGCCUGGAAAGGAUUACUAUAGUAAAGUGAACCUUUGUCAUUUGCAAAUGUGGACCUAAAUUAAUCACAAGUUUCGUAUUUAAGCAUAAGCUUUUCAGAAAUUUUGUUGGUAUUUUUGUAAUAAAACAAUUUGAGAUUGUCAAUGAUAAACCUAAUAAAUUGAUGUUAAGUCUCA